AAGGCAAAUCCAUUAAAAUGUAAAGAACGACAAACGCUGAAGUGAUGUGAUGAUUCAGGAUGAGGAAGUUUUCUGUGAGGAAACUCCUCACCCACCACCAUCACCAUCAUCACCAUGCAUUCUGUCCGAGCUGCGCAGAUCACUCCAAGUUUUCACUCCGUCCUGUCAGGCAGACAAGCGCUCAGACAUUUAAACUAAACUCUCUCCUAAAACCCAGAAAAGUCUCGCUGUGUGCGCCUCGCUGACUGCCUGUGCUCCUGUGACUCUGCCAAACAAAGUUCAAGAUCCGAGUGAUGAUGGAGCUGCAGACAGAAGCGAACUCGGGUCAGGGAGUCUGUCAGAAGGGAUGCGGUUUGCCGCUGCUGUCCGCCGAGGAGCACCGCUGUGUGGAGGCGCUCCGGGCGCGCGCAGCCGCGCUGGAGGAGAGGGGCGCUGCUGUGGAGCGCACAGCCCGCGUGGAGCGGCUCAGGUGGAGGAGGACCGAGAGGACCCUGCUAGCUCAGGUGAAAACGCUUCAGCACGAGGCUCAUCUCGCUGCCCUCCAGUACCAGAGGAGACUGGAACAGUAUUUACUGAACAUCAACAGCAUCACGAGACAGAUUGUUGGCUACCAGAGGGACUUCAGAGCUGCUGACAUGCAGAACCAGGGAUCAGAUGAAACAUUCCCUGAAGGAGAGCUGCAGGAAACAGCUGAAGCACCUGGGGUAAAUGGGAAGGAGUUGUCCAAAUCCAGCCAUGAGGAGACUGUGGAGGCUUUUCGAUCUGCCAAAGACCCCGUCGUGGUGCAGGUCAUCAGACGUACCCCCAGCGGCCGCCCCCACGGUCCUCUUCAGGAAAUCCACGUGGUGGACGUGUGCACUCAGACUGACAUCACCUUCGAACACAUCAUGGCGCUGGCAAAGCUCCGGCCUUCCACCCCUCCUGUGCCUGACGUCUGUCCCUUCCUACUCUCUGAUAGCUGUCACUCUCUUCAUACAAUGGACCAAGAUUACUACGAUGGUACCAACUACCUCUCCCCCAUUCCUGCCGAUGGAGAGAGGACAGAAGACUUUGAAUAUGAGGAAAUUGAACUGUGUCGACUCAGCAGUCAAGAGAAAUUAGGGCUCACUUUGUGCUAUCGGACAGAUGAAGAAGAGGACGUGGCCAUCUACGUUAGUGAGGUCUGUCCAAACAGCAUCGCUGCCAGAGAUGGACGCAUUCGAGAAGGGGAUCGCAUUUUACAGAUUAAUGGCCAAGAUGUCCAAGACAGAGAAGAAGCAAUGGCUGUGCUGUCCAGUGAUGACUGUAGGAACAUCAUACUACUGGUUGCAAGACCCGAGAUGCAGUUGGAGGAGGCCUGGCUAGACGAUGAGCAUAGUGAGUUCCUGGAGCAGCUAAAGAUGGAAAUGCUGGAGGAGCAGCAGAGAGAGGAGAUGGAGUUAGCUGCCUUACAAGAGGAGCAGGAGAAGCAGCAGAGAGAAGACGAUGACAGGCCCACCUGUUCAACCCUUCCUUGCUAUAAGGACAGUAUGCGAAGUCUAAAAGACAGAAUGGAAAGCUCAGACCAUAAUGUCUUGGCCCAAAUCCAGAGACGCCUUUCUCGGUGCCUGAGAGACAGUCAGGACACACACUGUAGCACUAGUACCACUCGGCUGGAAGACAAAACAGACGAGGACAAUGAUGAGACAGAGGGAGAUCGCUUCCAGCAGCUAUUGGAGCUAAAGUGUCAGAUCCGUAACAGUGGUGAGUAUGACCUGUUCUACAGUCGCCGCAGCACCAUCGAGUGUAACAUGGGGGAGCAGAGUGACGUGCAACACGAACUACGGAUGCUCAACGAGGAGCUGCGCAGCAUCGAGCUUGAGUGUCAGAACAUCAUGCAAGCCCAUAAGCUUCGGAAGGGUCAGCAGUCUCCUUUAACUGGACGCUCUGCUCCCUCUGUCAAAAAUCAAAGCCCCAACCGUGGGGAGUCCAUGACAGGUAAACUGGUAGACAUUAAUGAGAGGCUGGAGAAAUCUGACAAGGACAGUUCCAGUGCCUACAACACUGCAGAGAGUUCACGGAGCACCCCAUUGGCAAUGGACCGCUCCCCAGAGCACUCGCUCCAAAGAGUGGUGAGUCUCACCAACCAGAGGAACCUCUGCAGCAGUCUUGCUGCCGGUCACUCUCUGAGCACAAGCCCCAUCCCAGCCUGCCGUGCCCCAGUCCCAGGAAAAGGCAGCAGCCCUGACCACAGCAAUCCCUCCGAAACAGAACAAACUCCUCAGGCUGAGAAUGAAAGCAAUGGCAAAUUAAACCAGUGCACUUCCCGCAUUCCUUACUUCUCCCCUUCCCACAGUUCCCAGCAGAGGCAGGCUAACAUCCCAGCUCACGCCCGCCACUAUCAGAGCUACAUGCAGCUGAUCCAGCAGCACUCAGCUGUGGAGUACGCUCAGAGCCAGCUCAGCCUGCUCAGCGUCUGCAAAGAGCCUCAGAGACCCAUCAACGAGCCAAAGAUGGAGUGGAAGGUGAAGAUCCGCAGCGACGGCACCCGCUACAUCACCAAGAGGCCCGUGCGAGACAAGAUCCUGAGGGAGCGAGCCUUAAAGAUUAAAGAGGAGCGAAGUGGGGGAAUGACCACGGAUGAUGACGCAAUGAGUGAAAUGAAGAUGGGAAGGUACUGGAGUAAAGAGGAGAGGAAACAGCACCUGGUCAGGGCAAAAGAACAGAAGCGGAGGAGAGAGUUCAUGCAGCGCAGUCGGCUGGAAAGUUUGAAGGAGAACCCUCAAAGCAGCAGCGAGGGUCGCAAGGAAGUCAGCAUCAUAGAGCUCAGCCACAAGAAGAUGUUAAAGAAACGCAAUAAGAAGAUCUUGGAUAACUGGAUGACAAUUCAGGAGCUGAUGACUCAUGGUACUAAAGCCCCAGAGGGAGCAAAGGCACACAAUGCCUUCCUUUCAGUCACUACUGUAUAAAACAACAGACACACAAGCUAUCCCAUGUGGUAUGAUAUACUCGCCUCGUUAAAUGUGGCACUUUUAGGAGGACAAUUUGAAUACUUUUCAAACUUUGUAACUCAAAACAAAAGAAACUAAUUUUUUAACGUAAAUUUUAUCAGUGGCAUCAUGACAUUUUUGGGAUGUUUUUCAAAACUCGUUUUUCAUAUCACUCGUUGGAAAAUAAAAUCUUUUCUAAGAAACUAUGAACACUUAUUUGAUUUUAUAUUUUAGGUUUUCACUUUAAACAUGUUUAUCUUUUCAAUUCUAUUUUCAUAUUUAUGUUGAAACUCUAUUAUUCAAGCCAGAUGUAUGAGAAACUGAGUUUUUUUGUUCCUUUGGUGUAUUUUUGUAUCAGUGAUGGGAAGGAAGAGGAAAUUCCUCUUUCUUUUUUGCCUUUUUUUCUUUAGCAUUUAAAGUUGAUAUUUCACUUUUUAAAUUAACAGAUGUUCUAUACCUGCUUACAAUACUAAAAUUCCUGACAUCCCUGUUUGAUCAUGUGAAGCAACUGAAACAAUAUUCAACAAGUCAAGUUUAACUUAAUCAUAUUAUUACUGGAUACAACAAAUGUGUUCCACAUGUAUCUGUUAAAGCAACCUUACGGUGCAUUAUUUUUCUGAAGCAGUAACACAAUAUUGUUUCAGUUAGAAGAAUCACAGGCAGGCAGAGGAAGGGGAACUCUGCAAAAUAUUAGACAAAUGCUUUUGAUCAAAAAAAAAUUUAAUUUGCAGGCAAAUCCACCCAAAUUAUUAUUUUUUCAUUAUACGUAACCCAUGUCAGAUUUUUUUAUGGCAGCCUGAAUGUCUGGGAGUGGUGGCACAGAGAUGAAAGAAGGCAAGCCUGUGUUUGGAAGGUUCCUGGUUCAAAUCCCUUGUCUGGUAUCAGAAUUCAUGAAGGACAAACUUCCAAAUCUUCAUCUGAGUUUGCUUACUGUGAUGACUUCUGAAUAAUUGAGCAGUUGCAAAACACACCAAAAGUCAGAAUGUGAUUUUUUUUCAAACUAAACCCAAUUUUUUUUCUUAUGUUUUACAUAAUAUAGGUACUUUAUACUGUGUUUUUUAAAGUGACUUCUGUCUAAACGGUCGUGUCACACUUUGUUUGACUUUUAUGUCAGUGAGGUAGGGCUAAGCGAAUUGAUUAAAUUUUCUUUGUCCUGGAUGACUGAGAAUCCACAGCAAUAUAUGAUACUAAAUUUAUUGUUGGACCAUAUCGAUACUAAUGUGAUGGGAAUCAUUACUUGAGUAUGUUUCUACCAUCAUUACUUUUUUUUUCACGUUCCAAAACUACAAUGCUCCGAGUCAUCAAGUGGUUCAAAUACAAACAUUGGACCAAAACAAGCAUUUCAGAUAUUUAACUGGAUCUGACUGCAAAACAUUUCAGAAUUGAUCCACACAUGCUAACGUGUAGCAUCCAUAUUUACUUCCUGAAACACAGCGGCAUGCGUGUGACGUCAAGCUGUUUUCUUAAGCAUGCAUGUUGCCUCAGGAGUCUGAUGGAGGUCACUACGCAAUGAAAUCAGAUCUGAGCAAAAAAAUCUAAAUUGAGCAUUAAGAGCUGCAGCGUGAACAUAACCAUAAACAGUUUGGGGAAAUAUAUAUUUUUUAACUUUCAAUAAUCCAUUUCUAAACAAACUCUUUCUGCCCUUUUCUUUUAUUGUGAACCUGUUGGAUCCAGAUCAGAGACUUCCAUUUAUAGGGGUCUGGCUACACCCUGGACAGGUUGUUAUUUUAUUGCAGUGCAAAUAUAUAUAUA